CAACAAUGAGUUCAGUUCAGGCUUUGAGAGAGUUUAUCAACCAGAGACUAACUGCUGCUGCUGGAGAAAUCUUCACCGUGUUUGAAGCAACUAUCGUCCACUACGAGGAAGAGAUGGCUCGUCAGCGCGAGCUGCUUCAGAUCAGCUGCCAGCAUCAUCAGAUCAAGUUAACAGAGCUUCCACAGCAACAGGACUGUACGGAGGAGCAGCUCUUCAAGCUGGAAGCAAACGACUGUGUAGAGCAGGAAGAACCAGAACCUCCACAAAUCAAAGAGGAACCAGAAACUCCACAGAUCAGGGACCAGGCGGAACCACAAAAUCAACACAUCAAAGAGGAGCAGGAGGAAUCAGAACCUCCACAGAUGACUGAGCAGGAGGAACUCUGUGGCAGUAUGAAGCUGAAGGUUGUUUGUGAUCCUGCAGAAAAGUGA